AUGCUUCUUGAAUACUUUUGUAGUCUUAUUUUAUGGUACAACAAGAAUGGGCUUGAUUCGUUGUUUAUUUCUAAGUUAGGAAAUAUUCUGAAGAAUUCCUCUGAAGAGCUGUCUCUUUCUGAUAAAACUGUUAUUUGCUUUAACUGUAAAAAAGUAAAUAUUCCUGUAGUGAAUUGUACUGUGAGAGUAAAUAAAAAUGAAUUCUUUGUCACUUGCACAAAGUGCCGGGAAACAACCAAAUUUCCCAUAGGAUCUAUCUAUAAGAAUGUUUAUGUAAGAGAGUCAUAUGACAUAGAUGCAUUUCUAGCCGGAAUAUAG